UCGAGGCUAUCACUGCAAUUAUCAUUGUAAUUAUUAUGUAGGCUAUUCAAUUAGUGAAUGUGUUAUUAAGUGCGUACAAAUACAGAUUUGACAGUUUACAAAAAUUUUUAAUAUUUCAAAAAAAAAAACUAAAAAUUUAAAUAUCAUUUAACAAAAAAAUGUUAUUAAUGUUAAGUCCAAAAUUUCUUUAAUCAACAAUAUUAAUCCUAAUACUCCAAUAAUAGUCUUAAAAGCUCAACAAUGGGAAAUUCGGGGCUAAAACAGCAUCUAGAAACAGCAAAGAAAACAGGAGUAUUGAAGAUAUCACAGCAGAAGCUUAAUGAAUUUCCACCUGCACUGCUCCACCUUGACGUGAAUUUACGUGUUCUGGACAUAUCUGAGAACAAAUUUACUAAUCUGCCCCCUGAAAUUAGCAGAUUUAUUCAUUUGAAGCAGCUUAACAUCAACCGUAACAAGCUUUCAAAGUUACCAGAUUGUAUUGGUGCAUUGACAAAACUGGAAAAUUUAAGUGCAUGUCAUAACUAUUUGACAUCAGUACCUCGCACUGUAUCAAAUUUAAUUAAUUUAAAGCAAGUUUAUUUAGGUGAUAAUAGGAUAAAAGAUUUUCCAACAGUAUUUUGUGGCUUAAAAUACCUUGAUAUCUUAGAUUUAUCCAAGAAUGAUAUCAAUUCAGUUCCUGGAGACGUUUCUAAUUUAAAUGUCACAGAAUUGAAUUUGAAUCAGAACCAGAUUUCAGAGAUUUCACCUCAAAUUGCAAACUGUCCAAGAUUAAAGACUCUACGUCUAGAAGAAAACUGCUUGCAACUAGCUUCAAUACACCCUACUAUCUUAUCAGACUCUAAAAUAUGUAAUCUUGCAUUAGAUGGUAAUUUGUUUGAAGUUAAAGACCUAGCUGAUGUUCCUGGAUAUGAUAGCUAUAUGGAAAGGUACACUGCUGUUAAAAAGAAAAUGUUUUAGGGCUAAGUAAUGCCCCAAAAUUCUAUAUCUACUUAUAAGCUUCGACAAUCGCCUUUUAUCUAAUUCUGGUGCUUUCUGUCAAUUCUAUUAUUAAACUAUGAGACUCCUGUUAAUAUCCUGCCAAUACACAAAUCUAAUGCUC